GUGUGUGUGUGUGUUACAGUUGAGCUCAGGACCAGGCGGGCCAGGCCACAGCGGCAGCAGCAGCUCCUGUUAGUGAAUUUGCAUCUUCUAGCCAACCCUGGAGACUCUCUACUGCUGCAGCACACACUGGAUCGCCUGCUGCGUUGGCUCUGCCCAAGCCUCCACAUCUUCCAUGUGUCAGAGAGGGCUGCACCAUUCAGAAGUUACACCCGCCUCUCUCCUGUGGCAGGCUACCCUUCCCUGGCCAUCACUUUCUUCCUCCACGAGGCCUACGGCGAGGAGCGAAUCCUCAAAGUGCUGGACUUCUUUCAAAGGCCUCCAUGGCAGUACCAUCACACAGAGAGCUGCGGCAACCGAACUGGAGGGAUUCACAUCACCUCCGCCAGCUCCCCCGCCAACGCCCUGCUGCGGCCGUACCUCCUGCCCAGCAGAGACUUCUAUAGUUUGGGUGCGGGGAUGCCUGUGUGGGGGGUUCGACCGGUGCACUGCGGAGGAGAAAUACUGCGCGUGACACUGUACAAUGGAUAUGACAACUAUGAGGAUGCUGUGCGGCUGUAUGAGACAGUGCUGCAGCGACAGGCAGAGGAGCAGAAAGCUGGGUUCUGCUGGUUCACGCUCCACACAGAGCCAGGGUUGUGCCUGCAGCUGGCGUUAAAGCAGUUGUCACCGGGGGUUCGGGUGGAGCCGUGCAGCUCCGCGGUGCUGCAGUUCAGUGUGGAUGAAAUUGGACAGCUGGUCCCACUGCUACCUAACCCCUGCACACCCAUCAGCAACACACGCUGGCAAACUGAAGACCUAGAUGGCAACAAGGUUCUUUUCCAGGUGAAAACCCCAGCUCAGCCACAGCGACCUCUGACCUGUGCUUUCCCCCCGACCUGCCCCAGCGUAUCCCCUCGAGGAAUGCAGCUCAGGAGCUCGGGACAGGGCCACAGCCUGUCGCCCUGCAGCCUCACCACCCCUCUGCCCUGGCAAACACACAGGCAAAGUCACAGGCCUCUCCUGGAGAAGCAUCAUGGAGGAGGUGGUGGAGCAGAGAGCCUGGGAUCAGGAAGCUGCUGUAGCACCCCUCCAGGCAGCUCCUGUUACUCAUCCCAGCACAGCAGCCCCGCCCCACCCUCCUCCUCCAAUCAACCUGACUCUCCUAUGCGCCCCUCCAUCACCCACUCGCUCUCCCAUCUUCUACUGGAAGAGGACGAGGAGGAGCCAGAGACCAACGUAGACACAGGAGUUCCCGUCUCACCGUGCUCUGAUGCGACGGUCAAAACCAUCACUCGCUCUGCCUCCGUAGACCUUUUAAUGACCCUUCACUCGGAGAGACCUGCAGCCGUUGGAGCUUCUGCUGUCGAGAGUCUUGCCAAGGAGUUGAGGGAGUGUCUGCCACAGACAAACACACUGCCCUCCAGGUCGUGGGGCUCUGCUGGUUUUACAAAUGGAGGCAGGGAGGGUUGUAAGAGCAGGACUGGAGCAUUAGGACAGAGUCCUUUCAAAGGGCCUGUGGUUGAGAACAGGACUACUGCUGCACUGCUAUCAGCACACACAAACAAUGAGGAGCCGGUAGAUGAGUUCUUCAUCUAAAAUCCUGCCUCUGUGCCACAUGCUGUGGUGAUUAUCACAGUGCAAUUACAAACAUAUCACAUGGAGAAGAUGGGAAACCUUUUAAAAGAGGAAGUUAAACAGGAGGACAUGUCGUGUUCUGGAAACCAAAGUUCAGCUGUAGUAUUACAUUUCCACUCGAGGGUCUUUAUGUAUGAAUUCUUAAAAUGGUUUGACUUGUCAGUAACAGUAACAGUUUAGCAUCCUACUUUAUCAGACCGGUCUGUUCAAAGAGUGAAUGAUCUGUGCAGCUAUUGUGCUAACAUGUAGCCCUGUGAAUAGUUAACAUGAAGGUUAUGUUUUGAAUGUUACUGUCAGGGUUCUAAUGCCAGUGUAGUAUUUGUGAUAUAUCUCAGAUAGAAAAUCUUUUAUAUUUAGAUUACCUUUAAAACAGAUGAUUAUCUUAUUGUGUAGGAGCUCUUUGUUGAUGAGGAUUAGAAACCUGAUUUAAUCUGAUUACUCUUCACACUGCAGAACAAAACUUUACCUUUAACUCGAUGGCUUUUCAUUACAUUUGUUGACAAAUGCACAUCAAAUGAUCAUUGUUAUCGUAUUUGUGUUGUAAAGUAGACAUGACGGGUUAGACCUGGCCAAAUUAUUGUUGUGAAGUACAUUGAAUUUUCACAGAUUCUUAUUUUAUUCCACAGAUAGCCCACUGUUGACAGGGAUUUUUAAAUAUCUAGACAAAAUAAUAUUUUGAUAUUAACCAUUGUUAUGUAAGGUGUCUCUAAUGUGUGCUCAGCCUGAAGCCUGAGAAAUGUUAAUUACUGUAAGUCUGCAGUAAGCGGAGGGAUCAGCAGAGUUUAUCUUAAGUGAAAACUUAAGAUCACAUACAACAGAUGGCAGCACAAGGCAGUGCACAUGAUCAUUGCAGUGAUUAAUGGUGUUUAGAGACAAGUCUAAUUAAAGAUAAGAUUGUAUUAGGUGAGGGGGGAAAUCAUUUUUCACUAUUUCGGUCUCCUACACACAUUAUGUUAAAACCUUCCCUGUUGACUUAAUCUGUGGGUUGUGGCCAGUGUUUGAAUCAAAUGCAUUUGAGUGAAUAUACAGUAUGAGCUGCUACUGGUCAAUAUGAUACAGUGGAUGUGCAGGGCAGCUCCAACAUGUGAAUUUGUUUACAGUUAUUGGUUGUUACUGGAAAAAGAGAAGUAUGUUGAUUAUGAAGAAUCAACUGUGACAAUGUCCAGUGUCUCAAAUGUUCAGUGAUGCAGAGGAAUUCUUUUGGACCAAGAAUUAAAGACGGUUAAAGAAAAUGGCUUCAUGUUGUUAAAUUAUAGACAAACUGAUGUUUCCAUGUGAUGGAAAGGUUUAAGAAUCAGUAAUAAUGAAACCGGAUUUUUAGAAUUCAGUAGCUGUGGGAUAGUUUGUCUGUGAAGUGAGUUAAAUAGUUGGUGAUCUACAUUUAUACCAACAGUGCAGUGGUGUAAAAGUGACAAGGAGACAAGUCGUCCAUCUUUAAUUAAAGUCUAUGAUAGACACUGUG